ACUUGCAUCCCUCCCCCCCUGUAAGACCUCUUCUCGCUGUGGGUAAACAAUAAUAAAAAUUUUAAAAAUCAAUAAAUAAAUACCGAAGUAAUAUCCUGGCGAUAAAUAUUUCUAUUCGCUUCUGCACUAACACCACAGUCUCGGAGGCACAUCGCUCAUAGGACAACCAAAGCUGGGAAGGAAAAUGGGCUACGCAACACGACCUGAGAUUUCUCAAGAACACUGUGUCAGUUGAUGCAUUUCACAUUGUUCGUUCCCAGAAUAAAAAGAAAGAACAGACGCAGACCGGUGUGUUAAAGCGGCGCAUUGUCAUAUAUUGUAUUUGAAAAAAAAAAAAAAAUAGCACGUCCAUAGUUGAACGCGCACAUCCUGAAUUUUAUUCUUCGGGUAAAGAAAGCAAUUACGGACCUUUAUGAGCAAAAUCUAUUUGGUUUGACUUCAGCACUGCUUUCGCAUUGCCUCAACACGUGAGAAGUUCAAACACUACCAGUCGAGAAAACUGAAACUCAAGCUAGAACAGACCUUCGUCAUCGCUUCUUCCACGUUGGAGAAGUAACCUGCAAACAGAAUUGAAUCAAACACAGUCCUUUGUGCUUUCAGCUCUCAUCAAUAACCCUCCAUCUGAAGCCGACAUCCACGUACAUCGCCUUCUUCCUCGGUAAACACACCUACAGCUACAGGCGACGUGGCUGUGUUCACGUCAUCCGCUGCUGCUAUACCUUGCUAAAUACCGGUGGUGUGUGAGAUCGAAAACAAUGCCACGGAAUUUGUUGUUCUUGAGUGUUGUGUUGCUUGGUUUCGUUACAAGUAUUGUAACCUAUCAAAACAGUCAGAAGGGACAGCCUACUUGUCAUCCUAGGCCUUGCCAAAAUGCAGCAAAAUAUGACAUUUGCUGCCUCAUACAUCAACAUAAAUGUGUUUGCGACUGUGUUCAGAGUCAAAGGCAUUGCUCUGCUCAAUCAACCCAGCGGUGUGGGCUGGAAGGCAUCCCUGUUUGCGGUAAUAGAAAUGGCGUAACGACGUGCCGAUGUGUCACUCGAAAGACGCAGAAACCAACACUUCCUCCCAGUAAACCAGAAAUUGCAGGCCGCCGUAAGUGUCCUCCAGUGCGGUGCCUCAGUCCUCCAAGGGAUGAAGUAUGCUGCUUCAUAAAAAAUGAUAAAUGCUACUGCCACUGUGUUGAGAGCCAAAGGCAGUGCUCAGCCGAAUCAACUCAACAUUGUGGACUGGAAUAUAUACCCAUUUGCUCUAACAAGUAUGGUAAUACGACAUGUCAUUGUGCUGCUCGAGGGCAGAACAAGCCACCGCUUUCUCCCGUGAAGCCACAAACUUCAGUGCCGCCAGUUAUAGGACAGCCACUGCAGAAUAUACCACCAAGUACUGCUUCCGGAGGGCCAGCAGGAGCAGCGAGUUCACCGGUGGGAACCAGUCGUCCAUCGUGUUCUGUGCCGCCAGCACCAUGCGACGUGAAGACGAGCAAAUUGUGCUGCCUGGUGAUGUACCCCGAGUGCCACUGCAAAUGUGUGUCUCAUGAUACAACCUGCUUAGCGUCUUGGGCAGGUAAAUGCCAACUACCACGUGUCAUCGACUGCGACAAGACAGCUGGGCAGCGAGUGUGCCGCUGUGCAGUUCAGCGACCACAACUGGAAGGCCUGCCACCGACCACUAGUUCCGGAGGGCAAAGAGAAACAGGGAUUUCAGCGGGAGGAAUGAAUGGUCGUUCGUGUUCCUUGCCGUCAACUCCAUGUGACGUCAGUACUACCAAGUUGUGCUGCCUGGUGAUGUACCCUGAGUGCCAGUGCAAAUGUGUGCUACAUCAGACAGCAUGCUCAUUGUCGUGGGGAGAGAAGUGCAAAGCGCCACGUAUUAUGCAUUGCGACAAGGAUGCUGGGCAACGAGUGUGUCGUUGUGCAUCAUCGCCCUCCGGAUGACUGACUGAUAGGGAACGUUCUCGCUGCGCACAGGGCUGCUGCUGCACACAGUCACUGAAAAUAAACACUUAAUUUGCAAAUGAA